CUUCCCUGUCUUUACGCCUCUCACCUGCUUCCGACGAAGAAGAAGUUGUCAGGACCGUGGCAGUGGGAGUGGAAUUGCACUGCGAUUUAAUCUGUACCCCCUCGUACCGUAAGCAGGUGACGGGCCCGCACCAUACUUUAUUCCUCCCAUUUCAUCCGCGCCGUCUCCUGCUAUAACCACUUUUGCCAUGCGUUGAGUGCACCGAGACCCCAGGGCUCUUUUCCUUUAUCCAUUCCACAAUCGUUUUCGUGCCAUACCAUUACCUUUUAGUCACUCAUUGAAGUUCUGGAUUCGUGGAGAGCCUCUGUUCUUUCUGGUUGCCUGCCAUCACCCAUCAUUUCUUCGUGUCGAGCCCUCGUAUCUGACCUUUCCUCGGUCAUCUCAGACUAGUUGUGGUCCUGGAUUACUUCAAGUCAUCCUGGGAUUCCGAGUUCUUUGAGAGAUGCAAUUCUCUCAUGGGCUAUUCUUCUGGGCUAUCCAGGGCAGCACUUUUGUUGCCGUCCAAAGUUUACCUGGUCCAGCCAGUAUGCCACACUUUCCAAGCGAGUAUCAAACUUUAUUUCUAACUUUGUCAUCUCAGAUCCAAGUCCGCAGCCAUACCAAAAUACAACAAGGGCAUCGACGACGUCAAGUAGUAGUACGAAAAGCCUGAAGGCUUUUGAAGAAGUCUUUUCCCCACCACCCAUUUCGCGAGGGGUGAUUACUCGUCCGAAAACCACGACAUCCUCAACAAGAAGCAGUAGUAUAUCAACGUCUAUAUCAAUAGUAACUUCUACGACAAGUAUUCCGAUCAGCACCUCGUCUUCUAGUAGCUCUGGGUUUUCAACGAGAAGCAGUUCUGUAACUGUAUCUACUGUGUCAGGAUGGCCCUCGUCUACCAGCAAUUCAAAUUAUACUAUCACCAGACCACCAAUUGCGGUCCCUACAUCAAACGAUCUUCCUUCAAAUUCCACUUAUACUUUUAAGAAUGCCACUACCAAACUCACUACUUCCUAUGCAAAUACAACCACCAUCCCAUGUACGACACUGCAACCGGGCGAAGUUUCCACAGUGUUCAUAAUUCUACCGAAUACCAACACGCGUACUGUAACUCGAUAUGGUAAUGGCACCCAAGCCUCCAUAGCAUUGCCCUCAACGGAGCCAGAAUUUACUCCUCCAGUCUAUUGCCCGACUGGCAUCCCUUAUUCGACAGCCGCUUCAGCUAGCACGACACUCUCGAGUGUUGGGGUGCCAGGGACGUCUGAUAAAUGGUGGGGCACUUCGACCCACGCAGUACCGACUAUUGGAUCUCCAGCAUAUUCCAUUCCUCGACCACCGUCGCCUACUCAGAGUGGUCAGAAUCCAAUUACGGUCAUUACCACGAGCAAAAAUCCACUUUACACUGUUACCACGCUUGGCGAUUUGGGAUAUCCUGAUGGACCUAAAACAACCAAAGGAGUGCCUGGCUCCCAACAAGAUCCUACUGAUGAUACUAAUUGGGGUCCUCUGCCGUUUCCACCGCCUUCGAAUCCUAAUAACCCUGUGACACCCAACGUUCCUAAUAUACCCAAAAACCCAGCAACUAGCAAUCCGGGCAAUAGUAGUCCGGGUAGCAGCAAUCCAGGUAGUAGCAAUCCAGGAACUAGUAACCCAGGAACCAGUAAACCAGGUAGCAGCAAUCCAGGAAACAACAGUCCAGUAUCACCCAAUAACCCCGAAACACCUAGUAAUCCAGGGACUAGCAGCCCAGGAAAUAACAAUUCGGGGAGCAACAACGGAGCAGGAGCUGGGAACCAUGGUGGAAGCGGUGCUACUACUGGAGACGCAUCAGGAGCAGGAAAUCAUGGAGGAGCUGGAACUGGGACUAAUACGGGUGCUGGAAAUGGAGGAGGGAAUGGAGCGGGUAGUGGAGCAGGAAAUAACAAUGGCGGUUCCAAUAAUGGAGCGGUGGGCGGGGGAACUGGAGGAGGAGCUAGCACUGGGGGAUCGAAUAAUGUCCCUGAUUCAAACGGAGCAGGAUCUGGUAAUGGAGGAGGUUCUUCUGGUAUUCCUGGAGGUCAGAAUAUUAAUAACGUUGGAGGCGGCAAUGGGGGCUCUAAUGGCAACCCGAAUGUUGCCACACCUACUACUGCAACAAUUGGCGGCGUUCAGGUUGUUGUUCAACCAACACAGGUUGUCAUCGGCACACAGACGAUAUCAGUGCCUAACAUAGGAUCCCCUGGAAACGGGAACGGAAAUGGCGGUGUUGAAAAUGGUAACGGAAAUUCAAACGGCAAUGGACCAAGUUCGAGAAUUGUUGUUGAGAACGGACAAACAUUUGCCAUCAAUCCUUCACAAGUGAUUGGUGCCGGCUCAACAAUCAAUAUUCCAGUGACUAGUGCUGGCGGUCUUUUCAGAGAAGCUAUACCGACAGUCAUAUCUGGAGUCCCUGUACAGCUCGGUCAAAAUAGUGCCGUCAUCGCUGGGGUUACAUACUCAAUUGGAGCAGGUGCACCACAAACAACGAUUUCGGUCAGUGGGCAGAUUAUCACAAUCGGCCCCAAUGGACUUGAAUUUCCUCAGACAACUGUCCCUCCGCGCGCUCCUCUACCUACCAACAUUGUGGUUAUCGAAGGUCAGCUAUUUUCUGCAAUUGGUGCCUCUGUCGCCGUUGUUGGAAGUUCAACAAUAACCUAUGGACCAGCGAUGCCAGCCCAAACCAAGACUUUCAAUGGUGCUCCAAUCACGUUGGCGCCGGGCGGAAUCUACUUUGAUGAUGGGAAGAGCUUGGGUGGUGCGGCAAAUCCAAGCAACACACAGCUAGGCAUUGCUGGCGCACUGACAAUAAGUGAAAUCGGUUCAAGCAUUGCAGUUAUCAACGGUGUAACAUUUACUGUCGGGCCUGCUGGCUCGUCGCCGACUACCACGGUCAUUAAUGGGAAGACUAUUACUAUAGACCAAAGAGGUAUUGGUCUCGGAAGUACGACACUUUCAUUCCCUUUCAACCCAACAACUCGAACGUUCUCCUAUGGAGACAUCACCUAUACCCAGAUUGGAGGGAGCUUGGUAAUAUUAGGGGGAACAACAUUCACAGUUGGUGCCGGAGCAAAGCCAACGACGAUUUUUGAAAAUGGACAGACUAUCAGUAUCGGACCCGGUGGAAUGGGCUUCGCAUCCACAACAAUUCCUCUAGAUAUAACGACAUCAACACCGACACCGACAGCGGGCGCGAGUGUGGGUGUCAAUGCAGCGAAAGCUACAAGUGCCAGCGGAGCAGGCGUAAUAAGACCAAUGACUGGAGUUUGGGGGUUAUGCAUGUUGAUUUGGGCUGGGUAUAUGAUGUGAACUGAACUUCGUUGGGAGGAAAACCCCUGAUUUGAAAUGGUUGGGCGUUUUACGGGAUUUCAUAUGCAUAUACCCGGGCACAAAAUGGGCUUUUAAUGAGUGCUUUUUGAGAUGAGAUUUUGUAAUUGUAGUGUAUAUAGACGUGCCAUGAGCGGGCUAUGAAAAUGAUACAUGAAGGUUUUGAAG